AUCGGAUAUCAGACGCAGGAGCGUUACCAGAUGUAUCUCAAGAGGCGCAAGUCCAUCUCGGCAAGACGGACCCUGGAUGGAGGCUCGGGUACCCCUGAUGAAUGCCAGGACGAUUCGAGGUCGGACAGCUUUGCUAAAAGUGAUGUACACAGCGCUAUCCGCAAGGUGAGUGCCACUAUUUCAAAGUUGCUCCACAGAAGUGAUCCACUUACUCUCGCUGAAGGUCGAGCCACGAACGUACAACCUGGGCGAGUCUAUCAUCCGCCGUGGGGAGAUCGGUCGGGAAAUGUUCUUUAUCGCCUCAGGAGUGGUCGAGAUCCUGUCGGACGACAACCUGCGGGUACUAGCACGAUUCCAUGACGGACAGUUCUUUGGGGAGAUCGCAGUGCUACUGGAUGUGCCUCGCAUUGCGAAUGUCAAGGCUGUCUCGCAGGUUGAGGUUUUUGUGCUGACGAAGGACAAUCUGGAGGCUGUCUUUGAGGCCGUCCCCGGUGCGGCCGAGACCAUCACGGCAGAAGGCCAUCGCCUGUACCAAAACUGGUUAAUCAAAAACAGCCAGCAGAAGCGUGAGCAAGCGACGGAUGACGAUGAGUCGCUCCAGGGUAUGGAGGCUGAGCUGAACUACGAAUCGCUGAAUGUGCCCCGGAGACUGUCAGUCCCUAUUUUGCAGAGCAAAGAGGGCAAUGUCGCAGCUGUAUCAGCAAUGCAAGGCACGGACCAGCAGGGCUCUCCUCCCAGACUGUCACCUAAGCUGUCACCUAUGUCGAUCCAUCCAAUCGAAGCCGGCCAUCCUGCAGCUAUCAGCGUGCUUCCAAUGGCUCCCAUGGACGAAUACCUUCUGGGGAAUCGUAUCACAGCCUCGCCACCUGCGACGACAUCGCCUCCAACAGAUCUGGAAGGAGGCCCAUUCAAUGAACACGCAUUAGCACCAGCGCAUGCACAGGAAUCUCAGCCAGUCUCAAAAGAGUCGUUCUUCGAUCAGGACAUGGGCACCGCACCCACUCUGGAGAAUCAACAAGAACCGCCCACGAGUCGCAACCCAACAAUCAGGGGACUUCAACAGAGCAAUCCAAAGAGACGCCGUGCCAGUGUGGCUGUGUGGACGCAACAGGACCUUUUGAAACUUGCAGAGUCCGCCGAAGCCAAGGCAUCCAUCAGUACGACACAUGCCCCAGCAACAGCCAGUGCCAUGGCCACCUCACUCCUGCCAACCGCAGCAACAGACGAUACUCAAAAGAAGGAUGCUGCCGAGAAAUCAGCACAGGCGAAGCGUUCGUCGCGCAUCCCCUUCGUCAACAAGUCACCUAUCAAAAAACUGACUGGACCGGCGACGUUCCAGGACCUUGAUGAGUCCAUUGUCAUCCAGAUUUUGAACGGACUUCCGCUAAACCGCCUCUUGAGGGUCAGGAGCGUCUGCAAGAGCUGGAACAAGCUGAUUCUCGAGCACAAUAGCAUCCUGCGGGACGUCGACCUGUCCAAGCACAAAAAGAUUGUCACGGAUACACUGCUGAAGGAACUUUGCGACACAAUUUUGAGCCGAAACCCCACACGCACCACUCGAAUCUCCCUUCGCGACUGCUUCUUGAUAUCGGACAAGGGCCUUGCUAUGCUGGCAACCCAUAUGCCGGCAGUACAGGAUCUGGAUCUCCACAGCUGCUGGAAUGUCACAGAUGCUGGCUUUCGCUUAUUAGGUGUGCAUUGCUCACAACUUCGGUCGAUCGACUUCUCGAACUGCAGAAAACUUGGAGACGAGACCAUUUUUGGGCUUUAUCCCAAAGAAGCAAUGACAGUCGCCAAUGUUCUCCCGAAGGAGGGACUCGUUGAUGCUGUUCUUGGGCCUCAGGCUGUAGCACAUCCCGAACUGAAGGACAUGGUUGAACAGGACCCUUUAUCUGCUGACACAUCCAUGGAUGAGGCCCAGGUUCAAUUGAAGCAUCGACCAUCGAUCGAAACGGAAUCUGCGCAGGAGACACAGACGACAAUGGAUAUUGAGCCCCCCAACCACACUGCCGAAUUACCAUCGAAACAGCCCGCCACCACAGCUUCACAAGCAGCUGCACCUGGACCGAAGGGUUGCCCACUGCUCGCGCGCCUGAAUCUAUCCUACUGCAAGAACCUGACGGACAGGAGUUUCAUUCAUCUGUCGCUGUAUGGCUCCAAGCAACUCGAGUACCUGAACCUUCAACGCUGCACCACCAUUACAUCUGAGGCGUUCAUGUCCCUGGAUCUGGAGAGCAAAGGGGCCGUUCAUGAGGACAUCAUGACCAACGGCCAUGGCAAUGACGUCGAGAUCCCAACUCAUGAAGGAUACAAUCCUCUGGUGGAGCCCUGUUUCCCACAACUGCGUGAGCUGCACCUCUCGGACUGUACCUUCCUGACAGACGAUGCCAUUAUAGCGCUUGCACCAAACAUGCCACGCAUCGAGGUCGUUUCGCUCUCAUUCUGCUGUGCACUCACGGACGUGGCGGUCGAGGCGAUGUGUGGAAGCUGUUCAUUUUUGAAGAAGUUGGACCUGUCAUUUUGCGGAUCGGCUGUCUCGGAUGCGAGUUUGUACCAGCUGGCUCGGUUCGAUGCCCUUGAGCCCGGUAGACAUUCUCUUCGUGAACUCGAAAUUCGUGGAUGUGUGCGAGUGACGGAGCGCGGAGUACGAGAGGUUUUGAAUGGCUGUGCCAAUAUGACGAAAUUGAACAUUAGCAGUUGCUCCGGUAUCGGCACAGGCGAUUUGAGUGCACCCGUCCCAGAGCAGACUUUGGUUUCUGGCGAUCAGGCUGGUCCUGGGGAGGAUGUUUCAAUGUCGCCUGCACUUCAAUCAGCGCCCCAAGCAGAGGCGCAGGAGCAGUCGGAUACGGCGGAGAACACGAACGUCAUUGGUGGAUCGACGAAAUCUUGGGAAUCGCUUCCCAACCCCACUCAGUCGGGCGAGCUGGCAAGAAAGAUGGAUGCACUUAAGAAGGGCAAGGAGUGGGCAUUGGCGCAACAACGGCCUGGGUUGAAGAUCAUUGUGUAGUACUUUGUUUUCUGUUUUUAUUCCCAUUUUUUUCUAUUUGUCUUUUUCUUUUUCAUUUUCAUUUUUUUUUUUCCCCCUUGCAAUUGUACA